UGAAAACUUGUUUGAAAAGUGAAAUUGCAUAAAGACGAAUCAUUCAGCCCUAACGAUCCAAAGUUCAGGAGUCCUUUUUCGGUCAUUGUCAUUGACUGAAGGCAUAAAGAUUCGUGAUUAAUUGCAGACCAAGUGUUACAUUCAAGUAAAAUCAAUUGCUGGUACAGAAUGGAGAAGCUGCUGGGUGCUUACAUUGAGGAGGCUAUGCAAUUCUACGCAAUUGGCAAAGGUGCCGAUUUUAAAGCGAUCCUUGAGAAAGGCAUUGCAACCUGCAUAGCCCAGUACAGCACCUACGAGCAAGAACUGUACAAGGCCUACUCCCUGCUGGCAACCUACCUUAGCAACCAUGCCUUUAGGGUCGUCAAAUCUCGGCCGGCUUUUCAGGCCAUGGCCAUAAACUGCAUUGACCAGUUGGACAGCCUUCGCCAACCGGAGGAUCCUCACCUUCAGGUGACCAAAGGCUUUCUCUGGAUGCUCUCGUCCAGCAGAGCCCAGGAUGCCGACGCUCUGUUCAUCAGCGUGCUGCGGAAGCAGCCAAAAAAUAUUCUGGCUCUGAUAGGACGUGCGUGCUUGGCCUAUAACCGCCAGGAUUAUAUUGGAGCCUUGGGCUACUUCAAGAGCGUCCUGCUGAUCCAAUCCAAAGGAAUGGCGGACGUUUGGGUCGGCAUUGGGCACUGCUUCUGGAAGAUGGGUGAACGGAAAAAGGCUCGAGUGUCGUUUCAAAUAGCUUUGGAGCACGGUCAAUGUCUGAACGCCCGCCUUGGCUUGGCCCUAAUAAAGUUCGACCAAAACGAUGAGCAGUCCCAUCAGGAGGGAAAAAUGCUGCUGGCUGAAGCCUAUAAUGAGGACAACAGGAAUCCAGAAUUGCUGAGUAUUCUCGCCGGCAUGUACUACACGGACGGGAACCAUAAAAUGGUAUGGAGUUUUGCGGGAAAUGCCAUUAAGUUCACCGCCAACAAACAUAUCGAGUCGCGGAACUACUUCCAGAUAGCCAAGAGUUACCAUGCAACCGAUCAAUUCGAGUCGGCCAAGAAAUACUACUUGCUUGCAGCAAAAGCCGCGCCUGAAGGAUAUAUCCUGCCCCUGGUGGGAAUGGCCCAAAUGUAUCUGAAUGACGGAGAACUCAGCAAAGCCAAGGGGUGUUUGGAAUCGUUCCUUAUGUUCGAACCCGAUGAGCCCGUGGUAAUGGACCUUUUGGCCAAAAUAUACAUUGAGGAAAAAUGCCCAGAAAAUAUCGAUGAGGCCAUUGAGAUGCUAGUCAAGGUGGUGGAAAGCGCAUCCUAUCGCCAAAACAUCAAUAGCUGGCUGAACCUGGCAUUUGCAUAUGAGCAAAAGCGGCUUUGGGCCCAAGUCGUCAAUGCCUACCAGAAGGCAAUAGACAUUUACUUGAGCCGGGGACAUCAGAUACCGAUUGAGUGGCUCAAUAACCUGGCCAACAGUCAGCUGAUGGCCAAAAUGCCAGAGAGGGCACUCGAUACCCUUGACGAAGCGCUUUCCAAAUGUAGAGUAUUGAAUAGCGAACACAAGACGACUAAUCUGCUCUCAUUGCAAUACAAUCGCGGUCUAGUUCUGGAAGAACUCCAUAUGUUCACCCAGGCUGUGGAUAACUAUAUUGCCAUUACCAAAGAGUACCCGAGCUACCACGACUGCUAUUUGAGAUUGGCGGUAAUAUCGAUCCAGAUGAAUAAGCACACCCAAGCCAUUGAGCAUUUGAAGGAUAUCCUAGUUGAGGACAACUUAAAUAUGACAGCCAGAACCUAUAUGGGCGACUGCUUCAAAGGUCUCAGCCUGGACAAGUUUGCUACCUUCAACUACAACAUGAUCCUUGCCAGACCAUCUAACUUUACGAACACCUAUGCUAGCAUGGCGAUGGGCAACUUUUGCCUCGAAAAAUUGCAGAAUUGGUUGGCUGAAGGAAAUUUCAGAGCUGCCCGUAAACAGAAAGAGAAGGCUCUUCAGUGCUUCGCCAAGGUCCUCGAUUGCAAUCCAAAGAACCUGUGGGCAGCCAAUGGCAUUGGCGCUGUGUUGAGCAGCUGUUAUAAGCUCUCAGCUGGUGGUGCCAUCUUUCAGCAAAUUACCGAGGGUGGGAAUAAGUGUAUUCCCGCCAUAAUAAACUCGGCUCACAUAGCGCUCGUAAGUGGCCAAUACAGGUUGGCCAUUCAGACCUACGAGCGAUGCCUGAAGAACCAUCUCCCCAAAAACAGUGUGGACGUUAUGCACUACUUGGCCAAAGCUUUGUAUAACAACGGUGAUACCCGAAUGGCCAAGAUGUGGCUGCUCAAGGUGCGCCACUUGGUACCCCAGGAUCCACAUGUGAUCUUUAAUCUGGGCCUGGUGAUUAAGAAAGAGGCAGAAGAUGUAUUGGCUCUUCCACGGCCCCAAUUGGAUGAACUCAUGGGCCUCGAUGGGAUGCUUAAGAUGGCAUUCAACUUAUUUCACCAUGUAAACCUAAAUCAUCCCAAAAUCUCGGUGCGUCUAUCUGCGAUGUAUGCUGAAGACUGUCAAAAUUUAAUAAACGAGCUGGUUGCUAAAACAAUAAAAGCCCGCGAAUCGCAGGCAUCGGAUGAGGACCGCAUUAAGGUGCAAAGGGAGCGAAUCCGUGACCACGAGAAGCACAAGCAUCAGCAACAGCUGCAGCGUGAGGAGGAGGAGCGAGUCCGUCGGGAGAAUCAGAAGAUCCAACGCAAGAAGGUCCUGGAGCGCACUAGAAAGAUCAUUAGCGCACCUUUGGCGUCUGAGAUGCCCAAAAAGUCUGCGGGAAAGGGGCGUGCCAAGAAUAAAUCCAAUAGGAGGUCCUCAAAAAAGAAGACCGGCAAACGAGAUGCUGACAAGAAACAGGAGGAUAUCGAGCCUUUGAAAAAACCAAAGUCUAAGGAAUUUAUUGAUACGGAUGAUGAUAACUCAGAAUAGUGAUUCAUCUUUUAUCUAUCCUACCUAUGUUCCAUUAAAUCUAAACUUAAUUAAAUAAACCAGCCUUGGCUCCUUCA